GGAGGAGCGGCCUCGCACCGGGAGCAGCCAAUCCGCGCCUCCGCAGCCCGUUUCCACGCGCGGAGUGGGCCGCCUGGGGAAAGCGGCGCAAAGAGUCCUCUCCGAGCGGCGGCAAAAAGAGGAGAGAGGGCUCCACGCGGGGAACUGGGGCGCGUGGCUUUGCAGGGGAAGGAGACAAAGCGCAUUCGGAGCGGGUUAACUCCGGAGGGGGGCGCUGGGGAAAAGUUUCCCCAACUCCUGGCUGGCUGGGGCGGCGGCGCUCGGGGCCCCGGGGCCCUCCCUGGAGGAGGAGGAGGAGGAAGGGCCAUGGCUAAGGUGCAAGUGAACAACGUGGUGGUGCUGGACAACCCCUCGCCCUUCUACAACCCCUUCCAGUUCGAGAUCACCUUCGAGUGCAUCGAGGACCUCUCCGAAGAUUUGGAGUGGAAAAUCAUCUACGUGGGCUCAGCAGAAAGUGAGGAAUAUGACCAAGUUUUAGAUUCCGUUUUGGUGGGCCCUGUACCUGCGGGAAGGCAUAUGUUUGUUUUUCAGGCAGAUGCUCCUAAUCCAGCACUUAUUCCCGAUGCAGACGCCGUAGGAGUAACAGUUGUAUUAAUCACCUGCACCUAUAGAGGUCAAGAAUUUAUUAGAGUUGGCUAUUAUGUAAACAAUGAGUAUACGGAAACAGAGCUGAGAGAGAAUCCUCCAGUAAAGCCAGACUUUUCUAAGCUCCAAAGGAAUAUUUUGGCAUCUAAUCCUAGGGUCACAAGAUUCCACAUUAACUGGGAGGACAACACAGACAAACUGACAGACGCAGAGAGUAGCAACCCAAAUCUUCAAUCACUCCUUUCUACAGAUGCACUGCCUUCUGCUUCAAAAGGAUGGUCAACGUCAGAAAAUUCAUUGAAUGUCAUGCUAGAAUCUCAUAUGGACUGCAUGUGACCAUCUACCCUCUGUAUGUGUUUUCGAGCUGUAGACCACACACACACACAUACACACACACACGGCAACCAUCACCUUGCACCUAUCUCCUCAUUCAAACCAAUGUGAAUAAUUUCUUUCAAAUAAAACACCCCACAUUCUGUAGAAAGUUUAUAAGGAAAAUAUUUGAGUGGCUGUAUAAAUAAAACUAUUUUUAAAUAA